AUGUCGACUUCAGAUAACUCGGCGAACAGCACCAUUGUCGUCCUUCAGCGGAACAAAACCCACGACGAUGGAGCUCCUGACCUCAGCUUUCCGUUCCAAACCACCAACAUAUUUGAAGGCGGUAUCACCGAUGAAUAUAGAACUUCCACUCGGACCGGUUUUGUCGACGCGCGCCAUGCGCUACAUCCUGUUCCAUCGCGAGGAGCGGCGCCUCCUCACGUCCUUUUGGACCCAGAGAAGGCCGAUCAGCUGGGACGAGUGUUACUAGUUACUUGGAAGGAGGACGACAAAGACGACCCGCGGAAUUGGUCUCCCGUGUGGCGCUGGUAUAUCACCCUUGUCGUUGCGCUUGCUGUGGUCUCUGUUGCAUUCGCCAGCGCUGUCAUAACUGGCGACUUCAAGGACAUCCAGGAUGAGUUUGGGGUCAGCGAGGUGGUCACUGCGCUGACUGUCUCUCUUAUGGUUGUCGGAUUUGGAAUCGGUCCGUUGGUUUGGUCACCACUCAGCGAACUUUAUGGCCGCAAACCUCUCUGGAUCAUCCCAUCGUUACUCUACGUUAUUUUCAAUAUUCCGUGUGCUGUUGCGCCGAACAUCGGGACACUUCUUGUCUGCCGCUUCCUCUGUGGUCUUUUUGCAUCUGCACCACUCACCCUUGCUGGGGGCACCAUCUCCGACAUUUGGGACAACAAUGAACGUGGAUUGGCCAUCGCUCUCUUUGCGGCGGCACCCUAUGGCGGUCCUGUCUUGGGGCCCAUUGUUGGCGGAUUUGUCGGCGAGAAACUCGGCUGGCGAUGGAUUAUCUGGGUUAACAUGAUCUUCGCGGGCUUCAUACUUCUCCUUUGCGCGACAAUACCUGAAACCUUCGCACCUGUCAUCUUACGCAAACGGGCUGCGCGUCUGCGUGCUGAUACUGGACGCGAGAACAUCGUCACAGAGCAAGAACUGUUCAAAGCGUCAUUUUCUCAAAUAUUAACAGAGACUCUUGUACGACCAUUCCAAAUGAUCGCGACAGAGCCGAUACUUCUACUUAUGUCGCUCUAUGUUGCUCUGAUCUACGGCUUGCUCUAUGCGUUCUUCUUCAGCUUCCCGGUCGUAUUUGGCGAGGACUACCACUUCAGCGACGGCAUCGUUGGAGUCACCUUCUGCUCUGUGCUCAUCGGUCUCGGAAUUGCGCUGCUUGUCACUCCCCGGCUCGAGAAAGACUAUUUGAGGCGUGCGGCAGCCAAGGGCGGUAGGGCCGAUCCUGAAGACCGGCUCAUUGGCAUGAUGAUCGGGAGUCCUUUCGUGCCAAUAUCGCUAUUCAUUUUUGGGUGGACAAGUCCGCCAUAUGUAGCACCUGGCGGAGGCAACUGGGUUGGUCCAGCUAGUGCUGGUAUUCCAUUUGGCUUCGGGAUGGUCAUCAUAUACUUCUCUGCCAACGCGUACCUCAUCGACGCCUUCCCGGGCUUCGUAGCGUCAGCACUUGCAGCCAAAACGGUCAUCCGUUCAGGCGCGGGCGCCGCAAUGCCGCUAUUCAUUGUCCAGAUGUUCCACGGACUGGGCAAUGGAUGGGCCGCGUCGCUCCUGGCCUUUGUCUCGCUAGCUAUGGUCCCCAUUCCACUACUUUUCUACCGCUUUGGACGGGACAUUCGCAGGAGAUCCAAACGUGCUGCAGUAUGA